CAAUCUUUCCUGCACAGCUUGCUCACUUCAGACAGCGAAAAACAAAAGGUGACAACACGCAGUCGCAGAAAAAGACGGCGAAGAGGAAGGGCUCGUCUGACCACAAUCAAGACAUUCCAAAGGAAGAAUGCAUGAUAGUGGCCCAGGAUUCUGAUGUUCUUACAGAACUUAAUAUAAGUAUAGAGAGUAAGACUGAAGAGACAGAGACAAGAUCUGAGAGUAAGGCUGAUGUUGACCUUUCUAACCCAGACUUGGUGGAUGAUCGUGCUUCUGAAAAAGAUGUUCUAUGUUCUAUUAAGGAAUACGAUCAGCUUGAUGUCCAGAUGUGUCGGACUAGAAUUGUGGAGCUGGAAAAAAGACUUCUGGACAAACAGGAAGCAGCUGAAAGACUCACUACAGAGGUGGAUGAUUUACUGGAACAACUUGCCCAGCAUAAUGGGGCUACACAUCUUCAGGAGCUGGAGACGGCUGUCCAGGAACGGAAUGAGAUAAUAGCUCAGCUGACAAGUAACCUUCAGCAGGCAAGGCAAAAUCGGGAUGACAUUCAGGAAGAGGCCUCACUCCUAGCUGAUCAGAUCCAUGGUUUACAGCUUCAGUUACAUGAGGCUAAUGAGCUUCUGAAAAGUAGAAUUCCUGGAAAAAGUGAAUUAUCUCAAGCCCAGGAGCAGAUGGCUGUGCUUCAGAACAGACUCAAGGAACAAAGUACUCAAUUGCAGAUAAUGCAUCAAAAAGCAUAUGACCUGGCAGUAAAACUGGAGUCUUCUCAAAAGAAUACCAAAGAUAAAGAGAGUCUGCUUGCACAGAAGGAAGAGAAUCUGAAUAAUGCAAUGCAACAGAUGUACAACAAUAUAGGAGAAAAAGAAGAAACAAUUAAAAGUCUUCAAGAUAUAGUGACAUCAGAAAGGUCUAAUUUAACUCUUCUACAACACACUCUUUCUCUCCGGGACACAGAGAUAAUGGAAUUAAAAAAUGAAAUUGCUUCAGCCAAGAUGAAAGAACAGGAAUAUAUUGAAGAAUUGAAAGCAAAUCACAAAAGGGAUGUUUGUAGACAGUUGCAAGAUUUGAGGACUGAUUUGGAAGAGUGUUACAGAAAAGAGAUGGUAAGAGUUAAGGAGGAUUGUGAAGAAGAGAUGAAUAAAAAAUAUAAGAAUGAACUUGAGCAGAUAAAAAGAGAACUCUCUGCUUUGAAUUCUGAUGAAGAUUUUCAGAAUUUAAAUGCAAUAAUUAUUGAUUUAAAUAAUAAACUGCAUGAGUCUGAAAUUCAUAGAGAAAACUUGUGCAAGCAACUUAAAAAUCAAAUGGAGGAUUUUCAGAGAGAGAGAGCUGAGAUUGAGAUGAGGUAUAAGGAUUUAGUAGAAGACCUCAAAUUACAGCUUACUAAUGCAGAAAAACAGGCUCAGGAAGCACAGGAAUCUAAACAAGAAAAGGAAUAUUUGAAUGAUGAGAUCCGAAAGCUCAACUCCUUCAUCCAAGAAUUAAGUGAAAAGCUACUCUGUGAGACAAAAAAUAACAAAGAUUUAAAGCAUAAGCACGAUGAAGAAAUAACUAUCUACAAUUUGAAGUUAAAAAAGUUAGAGCAGGAGGAAAAAUUGUUACAGGAGGUGUCAGCAUCACAGAAAGCAGAGCUUGAGAAGAUGCAGAAUAAAUUAUGCCAGCAUGAAGGUGAAAUACAGUUAGUUCGUGAAGAACUAGAGUUCCAACAUGGCUUGCGAGUGGACUCUUUCAAAGUUGAAUUAGAAGACAAAAAGAAAAAUCUAAAGAAGGUCAAAGCAGAGAAGGACCAUAAAAGUUAUGAAGCCAAUAACACGUCUGAAGAAAAUAUGAUAGAACUAGGAUCUUUCAUAGAAGAUGCAGACAUAUUAACUAAAUAUCUUGUCUCCACUGAGAGACAGGAGCAGUCAUACAUAUCCGACAACUCUGAACUUCUUGACACCGAAGAGGGUAGAUUUGUGCUAGAUAGCAACAUCAUUUUAGAAUCCAACAUGGACUCUACAGCAGAUAUGUUAAUGUUUAGCCCUGAUGAACAAAAGUGUCUUAGCAGUGUACUGCAAGGGACUUCUGAAGAAACUGAGCUGGAAACUGAGGCUUUUGCUUCAUAUUUGUCAGGUGACUCCUUGCUGCAAAAUGAAAUAAGUGACUGUAAGGAGGUGAAGGAUGGAGAGAGAGCUGGCUUGAUGGAGAGAUGUGUUAAGCUAUUUAAGGAGCUCAGUGAAAAAGAGUCAGCACUGAACAAAUCCUAUCAGGAGACCCAAGAAGCUCUUGAAAAAUGGGAAAAAGCAACAGCUGAACUUUCCAUUACACAUUUAGAACUGAAUAAGGAGCGAGAAGCACGGGUUCGUUGUGAAGAAGAACUUGAUCAAAAAGUAAAGAAGGAGAAAGAGCUUGAAAACAAAAUAAACUUCCUGGAAAAGCAGGGUGAAGACAGAGAUCUAACAGUUUGUAUUGAAGAAUUAGGGCUUGGAAUAAAGGCUUCAAAGUCACAUACUUGUCAGGAGAUGAUAAAGGACUUCAAGCAGGAAAGAGAAACAUUGAUGAUGCAAUUGAGGGCUCAGGAGCAAUUAGUAAAAGAAGUUCAAGAGCAGAAAACUGCCUCUGAUUCAGUAACAAGUGAAGUACAGUCCCUUUUUGGACGUCAACUAGCUGCUUUGCAAAGCCAAAGGGAUCAAAUGCAAGCCCAGCUUGAUGCCCAGAAGGCCAAAAACCAGACUAUGGCCGAACUUCUUGGUCAGAAAACCAUAUUAGAAGAGACAUUACUGAAAGAACAGGAGGCUCUCAAAGCUGAAAUCAAUAAUAAAGAACAAAGUUUAACACUCACACUUAAGGAGAAUAUAACCUUACAAGAAAGAUUGUUUGCUGUAGAGCAGAAUCUAAUAAAAGCAGAAAAAGCUCUGGAAAAGAAUCUUGAAAAAAAUAUACACGAUCUAAAUAUGAAAACGAAAAACUUUGAAAAAGCACUGGAGUGUGAAAGAGUGGAAUUUGAGGAGAAAUUGAAAUCCAGUAACUUGGAACUCCAGAAACUUAACGUUGAAAUACAGGCCAAAAAAAUGGAAUACAUUGAGAGAGAAAACAAACUGACUGAGGAAGUGGCUCAUUUGAAGAAGGUUCAGAUGGAACUGGAGAAUCACCUUCAGGAAACUGUGCAGAAAUCUGCACAAGCCAUACAGGAGGUACAGUCUGAGAUGAGGCGACAUUAUGAAGAGGAAAUUAGUAAAAUGGAAUCUCAGCAUCUUUCUGAAACAACAAAAAUGAAACUGGUACACCAGAAAGAGAUAGAAGAGCUAAAUGCAGAAAUAAAAGAGAAGGUGGAAAAACAGCAGAACUUGGAGGAGGAACGAAAAGAACAGAUUGGAUUAAUUAAAAAGGUUCAUGAACGAGAACAUGAUCGUGAAAUUGCUGAACUAAUUAUUAAACAUGAAGAUGAAAUGAAAGAACUACGUGCUGAACUAAUUAAGAAACAGCAGCAACUGUUGGAUGAACUUCAGCAACAAAUGGAAGGUACACAUAAAACAGAGAUGCAGCAUGUUCAGCUCCAGUCACAGACACUGCACAAUCUUGAGUUGGAAGGUUUACGACUAAGUCUAACUAAUAUGCACACAUCCCAGUUGGAGUUGAUGCAGUCUAACUUGAGAAAAGAGAAGGAAACUGCCCUUGUGGAGUUACGGGAGAUGCUCAAUGAUAAGCGUGCUCAGGAAGUAGCAAUCCUACAGAGCCGACAUCAGUUUGAGUUGGAACAUAUUAAAGAACAAAAUCUGAAAGAAAAAGAAGAAAUUGCACUGAAAUAUCAACAAGAACUAGAUGAGAGGAAGAAAAUAGAAUUGGAAAUGGAAAAGAAACGCAUCCAGACACUGGAGACUGUUAAAGGAGACUGUGCACUGAAGACCGAAACAUGUUUAAAAAACAUCCGUGAGGAGCUAUCUGAAAAACAUCAGACUGAAAUGGGUGAACUACAGAAAACUCUGAAAUUGGAACUAGAAAGAGUUAAAGAGGAGCUGAAGAGUCUCUCUCUUAAAAAAGAGCAGGCAGAAAUGAAAUGUAAAAACCUGGAGAAUGAACACCAGAUGGCAAUUCCAAAACUACGUGAACAGCUGCAGCUGGAACAUGACCAAUGUCUAGAAAACCUGAAAAGGAAAAGCAAGGAAAGAGAACAGGAUAUGCGGCAGGAGAUGGAGAAACUUCAGGCCACAUAUGAAGAAUUAAAAACUCGAUCACAAGAAGAAAUCAAACAGCUUUGGUCUCAGCUUGAUAGCACACGAGCAAGUCGACAGGAGCUAAGUGAAAAUGGUUUCUGUGGGGAAGCAAAGAGAAACUGCACCAGUGCUCCUCCUCAGUGUUUGCGCAGCUGGGGGAGAGAGUUAAAAGAACAGCUUCUGGCUCGCACAUCACAUGUGGAUGAAAUAGAACGUUUAAAGCAAGACUUUGAACAGCAGCGGCAGCAGAGAAGAAGUGAACAUGAAACUGAGUUGGAACAACUGAGAAUUUAUUUUGAAGAGAAACUAGGGGCAGCUGAAGAAAACUACAGAGAAGAAUUAACUCUGCUGCAUCAGAGGCUGCAAGAAUUAAAGGAAUACUCUUUGUUGGAGUCAGAGAUUAUUCAAGAUCAGCCUUUAGAUAUGAGCUCCUCGGUCACACUUUUAGAAGAGGCAAGUGAAAAAGAGAGAAGGGAUAUACUUGACCAACUAACUCAGCAACUGGAGCAGCACAAGGAAGAAUUUACUUGUUUGCGACUGCAAUUGGAGGAAAAACACAGACAUGAACUAGACUCCGUAAGAUCUUCCCUUGCACUCCAAUAUAAGGAGGACCUGAUGAAGAUGAAGAUGGAUCUCUCAGACAGAUAUAUUUCAGAAAUUGAGGAAUUAAAAAGGAAACAUUGUCUAGAUCUUGAACAACUCCGUGCCAAGCUUUCAGAAGAGCACAUCAAAGAAAUUACCAAACUGCGUCUACAGAGUGCUCAAGAUGCAGCACGCCAGGUUGAAGCAGAGGUUGCUGAACGAGUAUGUGUGCUGGAGAAUGAGCACAAAGCUAAACUCUCCCUCCUUCAGUCUGAGAAACAGUACAUUGCAGAACUGCAGGGAGAAAUACAACACUUAGAGAGAGAGAUUACUAAACUGAAAGAUAUUGGUGUCCAGCAUGAAAUCCAUCUGAAAGAGGAGAUGGAAAAGAUAAAAUGUAGACUUGUUGAUGAUCACAAGAAUGAAUUAAAAAGAUCUAGAGAAGAGGUCCAGCAAAUGGAAAAACUGCACAAAGAAAAGGAGGAGGAAUGGAAGUGUGAAAGAGAGGCCCUGAGCAUCAAAGUUGAAGAGAAAUUAUCACAGUUACAUACAGAACUUGAAGACAAGGCAGAGUAUGAGAAACGAACUUUGCAAAAGGAGUUUGAACUUCGUGAAGCUGAAAUGAAUCAGCUUCAGGAUCAGCAGGCUGCCAGAAUUGUAGAACUGGAGAAGUCCCUAAAGGAGCAGCAGAACAGUCUGCAGCAGCUAGAGGAUAGCUUAGCAAGUGUGCAGACUACACAGAAAGCUCAGGCACAGUAUGACAGCGAACUGCAAGCUGCCAAGGCACUCAUGGAAAAAAAGUUGGAAAAAGCCACAUUUGGGCUCCAAGAGGAAUGUGCAGCUAAACUUAUGGAAGCACAGAACAAAUUUAUGGAGGAACACAAAAUUAUGACUCAAAAAUUCACAACAGAGCAAGAGCUUCUCCUCCAAGAGUUGAAAGGGAAGCAUGCUGAUGAGCUAGAACUCCAAAGUCAACAGCUACAGGAGAAGCAUAAGCAACAGAUUUUAUCCCUCACAGCUGAGCUGCAGACAAAGCACCAAGCUGAAAUUGAGACACUUACAUCUACAUUACAAAGCAAACAGCAGGCUCAUCUUGAAGCUCAUAUAGCUGAGCUGCAGGCAAAGCAUCAAACACAAAUUGAUGAACUGGAAGCUAAACACUUGUCAAAUCUGGAUUCUUUGGAGUCUUCGUACCUGUCUGAAAUUCAGAUUAUACGAGAUGAGCACAAACAAGCUGUUGAGGAUCUACAGAUGCAUUUCAUAUCGCAGCUGCAUGAGAAGGAUAAGGCGCAUCAAGCAAUUUUGACUCAGGAAAUGGAAAGGCUGAAAUUAAAACAUUCCGAAGAGCUGCAACUUUCACAAGACAAUCUGAAAAUUGAGCUGGCUACUAUUCAUAUCGAAAAACUUAAAGCCAUGGCUGCUGAGCUGGAAGAAGCUCAUAAGGAAGAUUUGAAUACAGCUCUUCAAAAUCAAAGAUGUUUGCUGGAAGAAGAAAAUCAUAAGGCUCUGGAUGUAUUGCGUGAAGAAGUAUUGCAUAUGGAGGAACAUCAUAAAAAAGCACUAAAAGAGCUCCAAGAUCUCCAUGUGGCAGAAGUUCAGAAACAGAAAGAAGAAUACACCUGGCAGCUGCAGGAAGAGCUAGAGAAGCUAAAAGCACAGCAUGAACAUGAAGAGGAGAUGUAUGCCUCUGCUUCUGCCUCUGAAGUGGAAACUGUGCGAACAGCUCUCCUAGCUCAGUUUGAGGAGGCGAAAUUGAAGCAGCAGCUUCAGUUCCAGGAUGAGAUUGAACUGCUCAAAUGUCAGUCAGAGGUAUUAUUGGAACAGCAGAUUACACAGCUAAAGGAGGAAUUUGAAGCUGAAAGGAAGACUGCCUGGCGCAGCAAGGAGCAGGUGUUGAUACAAGAGACAGAAAAGGCACAAGCCUGUUACCAAAAGGAGAGAGAGGAGUUAUCAGUACAGAUCCAGGAAAAGACAAAUAUAAUCAUCCAGCUGGAAAAGAAAGUGGAGUCUUUAAAUCAUGAGUUGGAGGAGACUAAUUCUGAGCUAGAGACCCUCCUACAGCGACGAGACAGAGAAAACCAAGAAGGAGAGUACUUGGUAGCUAUGUUGAGAUCUGAUAUUGAACUGUCCCAGAAUGAAAGGAAAAAACUGCAGGAAUCUUAUCAGCAAGUUUUGAAAUUAUUUGUGGAAAUGGUAAAGGCCACUAUCGCCACAGAAGACCUUAUCUGUAAGAAAGUUGGUCUCUGUCUCGAUGACAGUCUGGCAUCUGGAGAUUCUAGAGAAAGCUGCAGUAUGAUGGAAGAAAUGGGAUUCAUACAGCAUUUCAAAACCAGAGAGAAGCAUGACCUAGAAAAAAGUGACCUGGAUGAAACUCUCACAGAACACAACCAGGUGUCUGCAGUGACAGAUGAAGGAUCUGAGUUGAGCCAACACUUAUGUGAGAGUGUUUUUGCAAGCCCAGACCUGGCAUUGGAGAAUGAAGAGAUGAUCCUGAAAAUUUGUCGCCGGUUGCGCACUGCUGUGGAGAAACUUCUAGAACUGGUUACAGAAUCAACUAAACAAUUGGAGAAAACACAUGAAAUUCAUGCUCACUUUGAGGAAGAAUUCAGCCGCAGAAAUCAGGAAACUGCCCAAGUGGUUAGUCAGCACCAUGAUCUAAUGGAGUGUCUAAAUGAGGAAAGUGAGGCAAAGAAUCAACUGGCACUGGAGCUUCAUAAAGCAGAAGGUAUCAUUGAAGGCUAUGUAGUAGAGAAAGCAGCCUUAGAAGAGGCAAUAAGCCUGAAAGAAGACUCUGAACGACGCCUUGUUUUGGAACUGGAGAGCUUGAAGGAACGGUUUCAGAAGCUAACCCAGGAACAGGCAAUACUCUCUGAGGAGCGGGAUAUGCUAAUAAGUCAAAAGAAAGCUCUGGCUGCCAACGUAGGAGAAAUAGAAGUUGGAGUUCCUUUUACUAAUGUAGCACAAAAGGAAGAUUCAGGUUUACUAAAGGAAGUAGAAUUUUUAGCAAAAGAGAAGUUAGAACUGCAGUGCCAGGCAGAGAAAGACCAUUCCAGCUUGCGCUCUCAGAUGAAGGUUUUGGAAGUGGAACUUGAAGAACAGAUGGAUCAAAAUCAGAAGUUGGCAAAGAAGUCAUUGGAGGUUACUGAUUUAAGGCAGCAAAUUCAAGUCCUUGAAAAACAGCUUAGAAGUCAACGACAGUUCAUGGAUGAACAAGCUAUAGAGCGAGAACAUGAACGUGAUGAGUUUCAGCAAGAAAUUCAGAAACUAGAAGAUCAAUUAAAACUGUCAGGAAAAUCCCAAACAUCUGGAGAGCCCAGACAAUAUGGGAUCUUUGAAUUGACUCUCCAGAUAGAGUCUUUGCAAGCAGAAAUAAAAGACAAAACAGAUGAUUUCAAUAAACUGUUGUUAGAAAAGGAGCAGAAAUACCGGGAAGUUACAGUUCGAGAUAAAGAAAUAGAGGAGCAAGCAGCGCAGAUUAGAGAGCUGGAGCACACCAAUACUGAGGCCUCAAAGACUGUGAGCCGUUUGGAACAAGAACUGCAAAAAAUGAAGAAAAGGGAAACAGAACUAACACAAGAUAAAGAGGCAUUGCAACAGCAGCAGUACAAUAAUUUGAUCCAGAUCUCUGCCCUGCAGUCUAAAUUGGAUGAAGCCAGGCACAGAGUACCUACUGAAGGCAGUUCUGAUCAUGGGCUAAAGGAACAGUUGCAGGCAGAGCGGGAGGCACUCCUAAUGAAAGAGAGAGAGAUCCUGAAUUUGUUAGAGCAACUAGAACAGUUUAAAGAGAACUUAAUCAAUAAAAAUGAGGAAAUCUUGCGGCUGAACUUGCAGUUAGAGAUGCAAAAAAACCUUACCCCUGGCAUUGGCCAGCUUCAAAUAGAGAAUGCUCAUCUGAAGGAGGACAUAGCAAAACUCCACAUGAUGCAAAGUCAGAACGUGGGUAAUAGUGAAUCAGCACUAUUGCAGUUCCCACAGGCUUUGCUUGAGGAAAAGAAUCAAGAAAUUGAUCAUUUGAAUGAGCAGAUUGAGACACUCCAGCGUGAACUGGACGGUGCCACGGAUAAUAAGUCUUGUUCUUUCUCUCAGGUCGUGGAAAAUAGAAAAUCUGAAAUUGAUGAACUCAGGUUACUCGUUGAGCAUCUUCGUGGUGACCAGGAAAGAUUGCAUAGAGAUAAAGCAGAAGAGGUAGAGCAGCUUCAUGGAGUGAUUGAGAAGCUUCAAAAGGAGCUGGUACAACUUGGACCCAUGUGUCAUGAAGUUAGUGACAGCCAAGAUAACCUUAACCUGCUUAGGUUGGAGGAGCAGGUAGAGAACCUUCAGAAUGAAUUGAAGAAAGGAUCACUAGAUUUGCAGGAGCAUUCAGAUAAGAAUAAGAAAACUGUAUUGCUACAUUCCAACCUGAAGGAGCUUCAGGAAGAAUUAGAACUUGUCUCAACUGCUCGAGAAGCCCUGCAGCAGCUGCUUGAAGAGAAGGAAUCUCAGUUUAAAAUGGAGGUGGAAAUUUUAGAACAAAAUCUUCAAAAUGUACAGGAGUCUUCAAGGCAGCACUUGGCAGAGUUAACGUCCCUAAGAAUACAGUAUGAUGCAUUUCAGGAGGAGUACAGCCUUCUAAGGACACACCUCUCUCAGAGAGAUGGUGAAAUGGGGAUCAUGUCCACUCGCAUUCAAGAGCUUGAAGAUACACUGAGAGCGAGAGAAGCAACUCUCUUAGAGAGCAGUUUGCAGCUUAAGACAGUAGCGGAGCAGAAAGUAGUGGAGGCAGCUGAAUUACAGCACCUAGCAGAAAAGAUUGCAAGGCUUGAAGAUGAACUGUUAAAGAAGGAUCUGCAUCAGAAAACUGAGGCUGAAGAAGUUCAAACCCUUCAGUCAGAAGUCUCCAGGCUUGAUUUCAAGGUUCAAACACUGAAUCAGAAAGAAGUAGUUUACCAGAGAGAAAUAGAUGAACUUCAAGCAAAUGCUACAAAAUUGAAAGAUCAGAUUCAGGAGGUUUUGAAAGAACUCCAAGCCCUGCGCUCUGAAAGAGAUGACCUUUAUUCACAGCUGGAAUCCUACAAGGAAAAGGAACAAAGUAAUGAUCAAGAAGCUAAACUUCAUAAACUGGUCUUAAAACAAGAAAGAGAGGUUCAAGUUCAUACAAAUGGAAUGGAUAAAUUGGGAGAAGAGAGAGGAGCAAAUGCUGAUCAGUCAUUUGCAGCUUCAGUUUCCCAAAGUGAUAAAUUGAUUCUAGUACAGUUAGAGGCAACAAACAUUUCAGAAAACCACAAAGAUCUAAUUACAAAGAUGACAUUGCAUCAGGAAGAACUUAAGUCUCAAUUAGCCUGUGUGAAAAAGAAAUUAGAAUUAAGUGAAGAACAAACUGGUAAAAUACUGGAGGACAUAAAGGAGAAAGAUGCAGCUAUAGCUGACUUGAAGAUUCACAGCAGAAAUCUAAAAACUCAGAUUAAGCAACUGCAAGAGACACUCCUGACUCAGGAAGCACAGAUGACAGACAAGGCCAGAGAGCUGCAAGAUCUGAAAAAGCACUGUCAGCAAAUCUUGGAAUUUCAUCAAACUCCAGACUCAAUAAAAUGCAAAUUGAACAACCUUUCACAAAACACAGAGCAUGCUGAAGAGACACCCAAGGACUUUAAAUGUUUAGUCAUGGAUAUGACUUCAUGGGACUCACCUGAAAUUGUGAGAAAGCAGGAGACAAGCAUAGAACUUCAACCAAGUCUUCACUUAACACCCUUCUCAGAAGUUGAUAGUGUACACAGCGCAGACUUUGAAAUGAAGCACAACAAAUCAUCUGUCGUACAAGGAGACACCCCUGGACUGCUGGGAUAUCAAAGUCUGUAUGCUAAUACCAAUGAGGAAGCAGUGGCCAGACUAGAUUUAAAGUCUCCAGCUUUUUCUGAAAGUACCUACUCUAUCGCUGAGUACCAAAAUACGGAAAAAAGGAUUCUGGUGAGAGAUGUUGACGACUUCACUUUAACUCCAUCUGAUUCACAAGAUGACCUACGAUCAACAAUGUCUGGUCUAGAGGGGGCAAGUGAUGGAUAUGUCAGCAAUACCAGUUCAGAUUUGGCAGCUAAACUUAAUCAGGAGCUAGAACCAACUGAACACCUGGAUGCUAGUUUCAUGGCUUAUUUGCAGUACUGUGGAAUAUUUCAAGAUGCAAUGGACCCAGUGAAAGAAAAAGAAACUAUUUCACCACAAUUGAAGUCUGUGCUGAAGAUGGUGUAUGAGGACAGCCACAGAAUACUGGCUUUGUCAGAACAUCCCUUUCCUCUUAGUGAUCAAAAAAGCAUUCAGCAGUCUGCAGCAGCUGAGGGAUGGCAAAAAGAAGGACUAACCUUGCUGGAUGCAAUACAAUCAUUGACGGAUUACCUUAGCAAAGUGGAAGAUAGAGGAGACAAGGAAUCUUCAGAUACUUGUUUGGACUGGAGAGGAGAACUUCUCCAGGCAGUUCAGGGUGUUCUAGAGAAGGAGCGGAAAAUGUUUCAAAUUGACUUGCAGUCACACUUUUGCAAUCCUGGUUCUGGGGAUGAAGGUUCAUUAGUGGAAAAACUGGAGCAUAUUGUGAAACGACAAGAAGAACAGCAGCGGAUAGUUUUAGAGCACCUUCUGUCUUCUGAUAGGAACAGCUUACUUUCGGAAAUACAGGACCUUCGAGCUCAGCUACGAAUGACACAUCUUCAAAACCAGGAGAAGCUGCAGCAUCUACAGGAAACUCUUACUAAUGCAGAGGAUCAUGGGAGUAAACAAGAACACCAACUUCGGAGGAAGGUUGAAUUAUUAGAAUAUAAUCUUCAGCAGGAAAAAACCAUAGCUAGUGACUUGCAGAACUCUCUAAGUGAGGAACAGGAGAGGGCCUCUGAGAUGCAUGAACUCCUGAAGCAGGAGCAAUCUGCAGUAUCGGACUUGAAAUCAGAGCUUUAUGAAAGCAAAGAAGAGAAUGAAAGUCUACAAAAAUCCCUGCAAAAGCUUCAGAGGGAAAUGAACCAGCUUCGUUCUGAACUUGAAAGUAAAGAAAAAGAUCUGACAGUUGCACUCCAAGACGUACAGAAUGAACAUUCGAAAGAAAAAGAGUUACGAAAUAUGUUUGAAGAACAACACCUUCAGCAUAAGAUAAGAGAGGAUGAAAAGACAAAAGCAUUAGAGGAAUUGCAGGCUGCCUUGGAAUUGCAAUGUAUUCAGAAUAAUCAAAUGUCAGUGGCCUUAGAGCAUGAAAAAUCAGCAAAUAAUAAUCUCCGUAAGGAACUUCAAAUUGAACACUCUCGAUGUGAGGCUUUACUGUCCCAAGAACGAAACAAACUGACAGAGCUACAGAGAAAUUUGGAGGUGGAGAAGAAUCACUCCUUGGAGCUUUUGAAUGCCUUGAACCAUGAACGUGUUUUGACAGAACAACUGAGUGUGAGAGUAAAUGAAGAUUCUUCUUGUAAGCAUAAAGAAUCAUUGCUAGAACAAACCUUUGUGCAAGAACUGCAGGCUCAGUUAGAUGAAGAGCGAUCCCGUGCUAUGGAGCUAGCUGCUAUAAUUGAGAAGACACACCAGCAAGCCAUUCAAUCUAAGAGGCAGCUAGAAGCUGAGGUACAAAUGUGUUGUGAAGAAACACAAAAGGAAAGAGAAGUCAGUACCAAGUUACGAGCUACAUUGGAGUCUCUUCAGAGUCAAAAACAGGAGGUAAUCCACUCCUUGGAGAUACAGAGGGAAAGAGAGGCAAAACUGAAAGUUGAUUGGGAACAAUUGCAGACACUUUUCAAGUCAACGAAAGAACAGGAGAAAAGCAAGAAAGAAGAAAGGGAAAAAGAGAGACGACAAGAACAAAAGGCAGAAUUUGAGAAACGGAAGGAAUGGCAGAAAGACAGAGAGAGACUGCAUGAAUUGGAGUUGCAACAUCAGAGGGAUGAACACAGAAUCAAGGAACUCCAGCAGACACUGGCAGAAUUAGAGGAACAAGAACGAAAUCUUGCAUCUCAUAAAAGUCAGCAAGAGCUUUCUUCAUGUCCUAUAAAAAAUGAUGAUAAUGCCAACUUGUCCUUAGCAACUGAGACUGAAGCAUUGCACCUGCAGCAGCAGCUACUAGAGAAGAUAAGGCAACAAUUGCUUUUUGCUGCUGUCCACCUAAAUGAGUUCAUGUAUAAAACAGUAGACAAAACAGUUAAUGAUUGGUCUGCGUCAAAUGAUGAAGCUAUAGCAUCUUUACUGCAUACUUUAAAGGAGUUGAAAUCGGAGUUAUUAACUUCUUCUACCCCUCUGAAACCACUGCAAGAUUCAGUUUCUCUGGUAGACUUGUUGCUGAAAGAAAAUGGAGAACUUACAAAGUCUGUAACAACACUGACAGAGGAGAAAUUAAAAUUAAGAGCAGCGAUUUGUCAACUUGAGAAGAAUCUUCAGCAGCAGCAUCAUAGGGGAAUUGGUAACAGACGGAUCCUCUCUACAGAUGAUGCUCACUCCGUCCAGGAAUCAGAAAGGGCUUCCUGGCAGCGAGAAAAAACUAUUUUGCAGAAUGCUUUGAAACAGGCAGAAUCUGAGCUGGCUAAAGCUACUGUUGAAAUUGAAAACAAGCCAAUUAUGGAAAUUUCCAGCCCAAAGUUGCAGAAAUUAUACAGGAAGUAUCUGCGAGCAGAGAGUUUUAGAAAGGCUCUCGUUUAUCAGAAGAAAUACCUUCUUCUGCUUCUGGGUGGAUUCCAGGAUUGUGAGCAGGCAACGCUGUCGCUGAUAGCUCGUAUGGGAGUCUAUCCUUCGCCUGCAGACCUGCAGGUCCCUGAAUCACGUUCCCGUCCUUUUACCAAGUUCAGAUCUGCAGUGAGAGUGGUCAUUGCAGUAUCAAGGUUAAAGUUUUUGGUGAAAAAAUGGCAUAAAGUAAACAGAAAAGGGGCACAGGGAGAAAACAUUUCUCACAGUAUCGGACAUAACCCAGUUUCUGGUGCUAGAACAGAAGUUUUAAGACAGCAGCAAUUCCCAAGUGUUAAUGUAAACUCCCCUCCUACCCGAGAUAUUGGAUUGUGCCACAGAACCAGUUCUGCUAGAUUUGUGAGCCACUCACCGAAAUCCUCUUACUGGUUACAUAACAGAUUACAUCCAUCCACAAGUUCAGCUUCGGAGAAGUCACUAGUGUCUACUCAAGACCCCGAACGGUCAUUAACUGAAUACAUCCAUCGCUUAGAGGUUAUCCAGCAGAGAUUAGGAGGUGCACAAACAGGAAACACUCCAGGACCACCACACCAGAGAAACAUAAAGUGAUCAGAGCAUUUCUCAGAUCUGUGACCGAAAACCCCAGGUUGCUACUUGCUUCUGAAGUCGAUGCUUUUGUAUUCUCGUGUUUCCGAGUACUAGGAAAUCCAACGCUUAUGUGCAGUUGAAUAAAGGGGUUUGAGUCUAUACAAUGUUUUUGCAUCAGAUUUUUAUGUAACCGUUUUAUUAAAUUGUAGUACAUUUACACUUUUAGAGGAAGUCUCUAUUCACUGACAACGUUUUACAUACUUAUGUGGAAUAACUGUUAACCUUAACUGCUUAAGUGUGCCUGCAGCAUUGUAUUGGAAGCCACAAAAAGUGUCUUUUUUAUGUUUAUUUUUCUAAAGUGUAUAGCCAGAUUCCUUGUAAAAAGUUAUUAAAAUGACAUUUUAUUAGCGAA